GCUCUUUUGCUGUCUCACUGCACCUGCAUAAGCAUAUGCAUAUGCGUAGGCCUCUUUUUCCAAAUUGACCAAUUGCAUCUUUUUCCUCUCUUUUUAAUUCUCUCGCUCUCUCUCUCCUCACACGGUUCAAGAUUGUAAAAUUGACUGCACUUCAUUUGACUCUCUCUCUUCCCACCCCACCUCAGAAGUUAUUCAAUUUUUGAUCUGGAGAUUGGAAACAAAAGAAGCAAUCUUUAUAUUGUUUCACCCAAGUUGUUAGCGUACUUAUGUACUUUUUGGGCUUUGCGAGGCUGCAAGUGUGGUUGGUAUUCUAUUGAUUUGUGGAUUUUUGCUAUUUUAUGAGAAAAAAAGGGUUCUUGCUACUAUUAUCGUGCAGAAGUGAGGUUUAGUGGUCAUUUUAUUGGUGUUGGUGGGAUUUUCUGUUGAAUACUUGGAUAUGGCAAAAAGGGUUCCUUGAGGGAGCUGGGAAUUUGCAAUUGUUGAUGUGAAAUUGGUGUUUUUAUUGAUAAAGAUUCAUGCUUGGCUUGAGGCCAUGGAGAGAUUUAUGCAGAGGUUCUUGUUUCUUUAGCAUUGACUUCCUUAGCUUAGGUGGGAAGAAAUGAAAAACUUUCUGAAGAAACUUCACAUAGGAUCCAAUCAAUCUGAGGACGUAGAGGGCUCUUCAACAUCAUCAAGGGGUACUAGAUUGAGUGAUGGUUCACCAAGUAUUAAGCUAUCCCACUCUAAGUCAGAGAACAAGCCGUUUUCAACGAUUUCGGGGUGGUUGAACUCUGUUACUCAUAGGCAUAGCCCUAGUCCUCCAUCCUCAUCUAACGUGACAAAGGGGGAGAGAAUGGAGCCCUCUGAUUCUGUGGGGAGCAGUAGCUUGGAUGCUGCUUUGGAUGCUGUGAGGCAUGAUUCGGGCUCUUCUAACUCAAGGGAGAAUGAUAUUGAGGAGGAGUAUCAGAUUCAGUUGGCCUUAGAGCUAAGUGCAAAGGAGGAUCCUGAGGCUGUGCAGAUUGAGGCUGUGAAGCAGAUCAGUUUGGGCUCUUGUCAUCCUGAGAAUACUCCGGCUGAAGUUGUGGUGUAUCGUUAUAGGAAUUACAAUGCCCUUAGCUACGAUGACAAGAUUCUGGAUGGGUUCUAUGAUCUUUAUGGCAUCGUGACUGGCUCCAUGUCGUCUAGAAUGCCUUCCCUUGUGGAUUUGCAAGCAACGCCCUUAUCGGAUGAUAUUAGUUGGGAAGCCAUUCUUGUAAAUAGACAAUCUGAUUCAAACUUGUUGAAACUCGAGCAGAAAGCCUUUGAAAUUGGAUUCAGAGUAAGGUCACAUUCCAUUAACUCUGUAAACCACAGUACAGUGCGAAAACUUGCUACUUUAGUUUCCAAUCACAUGGGAGGGCCAGUUGGUGACCCCGAUGGCAUGUUGGCAGCAUGGAGAAAUCUCAGUCAUACUUUGAAAGCAAGGCAUGGGAGCAUGGUUUUGCCUAUUGGUUCUCUGACUGUUGGACUGGCUCGUCACAGGGCAUUGCUAUUCAAGGUUUUGGCUGAUUCUUUUGGAAUUCCUUGUCGCUUGGUGAAAGGACCACAGUUUACUGGUUCCGACGACGUGGCAGUGAGCUUUGUGAAAAUUGAUGAUGGGAGGGAAUACAUUGUUGAUUUGAUGGCCGACCCUGGUACACUUAUUCCUUCUGAUGCAGCAGGGGCCAAUCCUAACUACGAAGACUCGUUUCUCCCCGCCUACCCUGUGUCUAAAAAUGCUGGUCCUUCUCACUGGCCUUUGUCUAGUGGCAGAACAUCCAGUGCACUUGACAAGAAACCGGAUUUUGGUAUAUUGGAUCAAAGAUCCAAAUUCAGGAACAGUAUCCCUGAGGGAAAGGAAUUGACGGAUGAAGGUGAAAGUAAACCAUCAAGUGCAUUAGUAGAACUGCCGAUGAAAGGCCAAGGAGGAUCUCACCAGUGUGUUUAUGGUUCAGAUGUGAAGAUAGAGCCAGCACUGGAAACCUCUACCAGGCCGAGUCACACACACGCAAGAUCUCCAUCCUGGACAGAAGGAGUUAGCUCCCCAGCUGUUCGGAAAAAAAAAGUGAAGGAUGUUUCAAAAUACAUGAUUGAGGCUGCCAAAGAAAAUCCACAAUUAGCUCAGAAGCUCCACGAUGUUCUGCUUGAGAGUGGCGUCGUUGCGCCUCCGAAUUUGUUCACUGAAGUGUACACAGAACAGUUGGAUAUGCCGCUGUCGGAGGUCAAGUCCGCGAUGCAAGAAUAUGAUAGCAAAGGAUCUGAUGACAAACUUAAAGGAAAGGGUUUCCAUUUUGAUCGUUCUUUUCUCCCUCCCCUGCCUCAUCAGGUUUCGCAUCCUAGAGGCAGUUUGGAUAAGCAUCCGCAUCUCCAGUUAGAUCUAAAAGAAUCUAACAAACACAAUGUUUCCUUGGAUUCUGAAGCAACUCCUGUAAAAUACACAAAAAACGUUCCGGUUGCUGCUGCAGCAGCAGCUGCUGCUGCGGUUGUUGCCUCUUCGAUGGUAGUUGCUGCUGCAAAGGUAGGCAGUGAUUCAAAACUUCAGCUUCCCGUCGCAGCUGCAGCUACUGCAACAGCAGCAGCUGUAGUAGCAACUACCGCAGCUGUUACAAAACAGUAUGAGGCUCUGGAAUCUGCUGUUCAUUCAGCGGAUAGCCCUGGCGAACUUAGUCCGACAGUGGGUGUCAGAAGUGAUGUGGACAUUGCUGUUCAUGAACGAGGUAGUGGUGACAAAGGACAUGGAGGUUCGGGACCGAGUUCUGGAGGGGAGAGGAUAUCGGAUAGAUCCACGGAGAAUGAAAGUACAAAAUCUGAUUCUACAUUAGAUGAUGUAGCGGACUGCGAAAUUCCCUGGGAAGAUAUCACCUUGGGUGAGCGUAUCGGGCUUGGAUCUUACGGCGAGGUAUACCAUGGAGACUGGCAUGGAACUGAAGUUGCUGUUAAGAAAUUCCUUGACCAAGAUAUAACUGGUGAAUCUCUCGAGGAAUUCAGAAGUGAGGUCCGCAUCAUGAAAAGAGUGAGACAUCCAAACGUUGUUCUCUUUAUGGGAGCUAUUACUCGACCUCCAAAUCUCUCGAUUAUUACAGAGUUUCUUCCUAGAGGUAGUUUAUACAGAUUACUUCAUCGCCCAAACAAUCAACUUGAUGAGCGUAGACGGUUGAAGAUGGCUCUUGAUGCUGCUCGAGGAAUGAAUUAUUUGCAUAAUUGUACUCCUGUGAUAGUUCAUCGAGAUCUGAAGUCCCCAAACCUUCUUGUUGACAAGAACUGGGUAGUCAAGGUGUGUGAUUUCGGAUUAUCGAGGAUGAAGCACAGCACGUUUCUUUCUUCAAGGUCUACUGCUGGAACGGCGGAGUGGAUGGCACCGGAAGUAUUGAGAAACGAGCCAUCAAAUGAGAAAUGUGACGUUUACAGCUUUGGCGUGAUACUCUGGGAGCUCUGCACCAUGCGGCAGCCGUGGGGAGGAAUGAACCCGAUGCAAGUUGUUGGUGCUGUCGGGUUUCAGCAUCGCCGUCUUGACAUACCAGACGACAUGGAUCCUGUCAUCAAAGACAUUGUCUUGAGAUGCUGGGAAACAGAUCCAAAUCUACGGCCUACAUUUGGUGAAAUCAUGGCUGCCUUGAAACCGCUUCAAAAGUCGAGCGCAAGCUCACAAGCACCAAAAACAAUGAGCAGGAGAAGUGUAAAUUCCCAAGAUAGAAGAAACUAGUGAGAGAAGCAAUCAGCAGCAGAAAAUUUUCCCUGGUUGAAUGCCUGGCAUUUUGCAGCCUUGCUUUGAGACAUUGUUUGAAGAAGUCAAGAAGAUCACUUGUUUGAGUCAGUUAGAUCUUUCUUUCUGCCUUUUUCUUCUUCUUGUUUCUGUUUUGUUACAUGUAUUUCUCCUUUUAUAUUCUUGGCAUUGUAAUGCCACCUUCAAGCAAAUUGUGCAGUUUGUUGUUGUAAAUUCACCAGAAAAUUGUUGUAAUUAUUGCUUGUUCAACCUUGUUUCAAUUCAUAAUUGGACAGUUUCUGUUGUUCCCCUUC